GUGUCAUGAUUCCGUCCUCUGUCAUAAUCUUUACCCUUACCUUACAUUAUACAAUUAUGUGAUACCCAUGAUACAGGCUCAACGUUACAUACACCGACAGCUUUUCAUCCAUUGAACAAAAGAAAGGACAAUGUCAUUCUGACCUUUUGGGAUGGACCAAUCCGCUUGGAGACUUAGAUUUCAUCUAGAACCCCCGUGGCCGAUUGCGCAGUUAGAAAUUCACUGGGAGCUCGAGCAGGGUGCAGAAAAAGCGCAAACUUCUAGAGAGGACCAUUGUGAACCUCUUUCACCAUGGGCAAGCUGACGGUCGAGGCUACAGGAAAGACAAGCCCAGUGGACCCGCCUCCCUAUCCUUUGGAGCCCCUCCCAACUAAGCCUGGUCUCCAGACUAACAUCGUGGUACCAGAGGAGGUGCCUGGUCAUCCAUCGGCUCGCCCCAGACGGUGCCCGAAGAAGUGCGGGACCAUCGCCCUGGUUACCGUCUGUGUGGUGCUGGUGGUGGCGCUGGUCAUCCUCGGGGUCAAGCUGGCCAAGAAACAUAAGAUGGCCGGGAAACAUGGCUGUAGGGACCGUGGAGAGGAAGGCCACAUGGGGGACGAUGACUGCGAAGAGAUGGAGGACAUGGAUGAGAUGGACGAGGAGGGAGAGCAGUCGGAGGGGUCAGACGGACAUGGCGGCGAGCAGAAUCCAAAUAGUCGCUGGUGCCCUUUUGGAUCCGGCGGUACUCACGGUUGUUAAGACCUUUUUGGAGAUCCCCAGCAAAGUGGCUGUUGGCUACAAUAGCAACACAUAGCAACCAAUUUUGACCCAAAUUUUCACACACUUUGUCCCCU